GGUACUUCCUGCCUACCUUAGCCCCACCCACCCAGAAGUCGUUUCAGGGCUGCAUGCAGGCAAUUCUAUUGGACGAUCAGCCGGCUGAUAUGCAUGCCGUGGAGAAAGGCAUUGUGGGAGCAUUUGAGAACGUCAGCUUAGACAUGUGUGCCAUUAUAGACAGGUGUAUGCCUAACCAUUGUGAGCAUGGAGGCAGGUGUAAACAGACCUGGGACAGGUUUAGCUGCACAUGCGACGGAACCGGAUACACUGGAGCCACCUGUCACACUUCGGUGUUUGAACAGAGUUGUGAGGCGUAUAAACACCUGGGCAGAUCUUCAGACACAUACUGGAUAGAUCCGGAUGGGAGUGGACCACUCGGACCUUUCAAAGUCAACUGCAACAUGACAGAAGACAAGGUGUGGACUACUGUGGUAAAUAAUCUACCAGCCCAGACCUCAGUGACCGGCUCUAGCAGAGAGAGACGCACUGUGCUGCAACUCAACUACAGUGCUUCUAUGGAACAGGUCACAGCUAUUACCACCAGUGCAGAACACUGUGAACAACACGUGUCAUACGGCUGCUUCAUGUCCCGACUGCUCAACACACCCGAUGGGACCCCCUACACAUGGUGGGUGGGUAGGAGCAGUGAGAAACAUUUCUACUGGGGAGGAUCAGGGCCAGGGAUACAGAAGUGUUCCUGUGGUAUUGACAGGAACUGCACUGACCCCAAAUAUGACUGUAACUGUGACGCUGACCACAAACAAUGGAGAGAGGACAGUGGUCUGUUGGUGUAUAAGGACCAUUUGCCAGUCAGUCAGGUUGCCGUGGGUGACACCAACAGGCUGGGUUCAGAGGCAAAGCUCACAGUCGGGCCGCUCCGUUGUCAAGGAGACCGUAACUACUGGAACGCAGCAUCAUUCACCACGCCCUCCUCCUACCUGCAUUUCUCCACUUUCCAGGGAGAGACCAGCGCUGAUAUCUCCUUCUACUUCAAGACCAGCGCUCCCUACGGGGUGUUCCUGGAAAACCUCGGCAACACAGACUUCAUACGCCUCGAACUCAAAUCUCCUACUGUCAUCUCCUUCUCCUUUGACGUGGGGAAUGGCCCCGUGGAAUUGGCCGUCCAUUCAGCCACGCCCCUCAAUGAUGACCAAUGGCAUCGCGUCAUGGCAGAGAGGAACGUGAAGGAGGCGGUGCUACAGCUGGAUCUGAACUAUAGGGAAGCUCGUCCCGCCCCUCCACAGGGACACACACGGCUAGAGCUGUUUAGUCAGCUUUAUGUGG